AUCUAUAUCACCUUUGCGUGGCGAUUUGCGAAAAAAGAGCGAGGACAGGAGACAGACGUGACUGAGAAGCACGAAAUGGCUGAAGCAAGAGAAGACGCGCCGGCAGCGGCGGCGAUGGCGACCGAGGACUCGUCGCCCGCGGAGACGACGGCACAUACAGACGCGGACGCUGAAACCGGGUCCGCAAGACAUUUGACGAGCGUCGAGUCGCGCGAUAUUGAGGUCCUGGAAAAUCUUGGCUACAAACCGGUGUUGCAUCGAUCGUACAACCUAUUUCAUAACUUCUCGACAACGUUUGCUGCGCUGUACUUCGUUGGUGGUGUGCGCGUCACGUUCACUACAGGAAUUGCUGCCGGUGGUAAUUUGGCUUACUGGACUUCCUACAUAAUAACCUGUGUAUUCACAUUUAUAACCGCUGCUGUUAUCGCCGAAAUCUGCUCCUCUCUCCCUUUGGCCGGCAGCAUCUACCUAUGGGCCGCAGAAGCAGGCGGACCGCGCUUCGGCCGACUCUUCGGCUUCAUAGUAGCAUGGUGGUCGACGACAGCGUGGACGACCUUCUGCGCCUCCAACACCCAAGCCGCCGUCAACUACAUGCUCUCCGAGAUCGUCGUCUUCAAUGUGGACUUCCCGUCCGACGCGUCGAGCGUCAAGUUCCGUGCUGUGCAAUGGAUAUGCACCGAGCUUUUGCUGGCCGUCGCCGCGGGCAUUAACCUCGUCCCGCCAAAGUACUUCCGCUGGGUCUUCUACGCGUCGGGUGGCCUUGUGUGGCUCGAUUUCUUGCUGAACAUGAUCUGGCUUCCUAUUGGUACGGCCAAGACCCUUGGAUUCCGUACGGCGCACGACGCUUUCAUGACCACGUAUAACGGCACCGGUGCCCCGCCUGGCUGGAACUGGUGCUUGUCAUACUUGGCUACUGCCGGAAUCUUGAUCGGGUUCGACGCUAGCGGGCACGUGGCUGAAGAGACAAAGAACGCUGCGAUUACGGCUGCCAGAGGCAUUUUCUGGAGUACGGUUGUUAGCGGCAUUGGCGGCUUUGUCGUCGUCAUCAUGUUUCUGUUCUGCCUUCCAGACGCCGAUACAUUGUUCGGGUACGGUGGCGCGCAGCCAUUUGUGCCACUUUAUGCGGUUCUGCUUGGCCAGGGUGGACACAUUUUUAUGAAUGUAAUUUGCGUUGUUGCGCUGUGGUUUAACACCGCCAUCGCUGUCCUUGCCGCUUCCCGUCUCGUUUUCGCCGUAGCUCGUGACGGUGUCUUGCCUUUCUCAGGAUGGGUCGCACGAGUAGAAAACGGCCAGCCCAAGAACGCCGUCCUUGUCGUCUGGGGCGUCGCCGCUUUGGUCACAUGCACCAUCCUACCGUCCGGAGUGGCGUUCACUUCGCUUGUCUCAGCAGCGGGCGUCCCUUCCGCUGCGGCUUACGGCUUGAUCUGCUUGGGCAGACUUACCCUUACGCCGAAGAAGUUCCCUAAGCCCAAGUGGAGCUUGGGCCGCUGGAGCAAGCCGUUCCAGUUCAUUGGCGUUUUCUGGAACGGCUGGGUUGUUGCUGUGCUCUUCUCGCCCUAUGAGUUCCCUGUUAGUGGCGCUACGCUCAACUAUGCACCGAUUAUCAUGGCUGGCGUGACGAUCUUUGCUCUCCUUUCCUGGUGGUUCAUCCCCGCCGAGGAAUGGCUACCCAGUAAGAGGAUCAAUGAAAUGAUCGACGCUAACUCAAAGAAAACCGUCCGCCAUGAAGUGCUUGAGCGGCCUGCUAAUGAAGAGUGA